AUGUCGUCCUCGUCUUUGCCCAUCGCCGUCGACCCGGUCGCGUUAGUGACAACAGAAUGUAUCACGGUCACCUCCGCCAUGCGGAAACAUGCCCGAUGGGCUCACUCCUCUGUCGCCGCCAUUCUGGGCAGCGGCACCGUCUCUCGUGUCUAUGAUCGCGAGACAUCUGCUCCCCCCAGCCCCCGUGGUUGGAGCACACCUACCCGACCGAGGUCGAGGCUCUCCUCCGCAGACGAUGAUCACGCCCUCGCCAAUCGGUGGGGACUGAGGGGGAAGAAAGGCAAAAGCAUACAGGAUAACCCUCUAAUUUCCGCCUUCACUCGACUACGCAGUGACCUCAAAGACUGCAAAGAUGUCAAGACAUUCGACGCCCCCGCCUUGCUACAUCCGUUCCUUCAGGUCGUCCGCUCUUCUUCGACCUCCGCCGCUAUCACCUCCCUUGCCUUGCUCGCCUUAACCAAGUUCUUCUCCUAUAAGAUUAUCGACCGCAACUCCCCCAGAAUCUCUAUGGCCAUGCAGCUGCUGUCCGCAGCAAUCACCCACUGCCGGUUCGAAGCUAGUGAUUCCUCCGCCGAUGAGAUCGUUUUGUUGAGGAUCCUGAAGUUGAUGGAAGGCAUGCUGUCCGGGCCGGAGGGCGAACUUCUGGGGGAUGAGAGUGUCUGUGAGAUGAUGGAGACCGGUUUGAGCAUGUGCUGUCAGGUCCGCCUUUCGGAGGUUCUCCGAAGGUCUGCCGAGAUAGCUAUGGUCAAUAUGUGCCAGGUUAUAUUUAUGCGACUGUCUGUGUUGGACUCUGAUUCAGAACCGCUCGACCUUGAUAAUCGACAACCGUCGCAUUUGAAUGAGGUUGAGCGAACAAACUUCAAAAUGGACCCCUCAGUUGACGGAAACACUGUCGCUUCUCAGCAUCCUUCUGCCAUGGGCUCUGACACAGCUGUCACGGACCGCGAGCACGCCAGCUCUGACGGUCCCUCUGAUCAAGCACUGAAUGGGGUUGCAGUCGCUGCUCCACCAAACCCGGAUGAUGACUCGGGUCCCGAUGUCAAGCCCUACUCUUUGGCUUCCAUUCGAGAACUCUUUCGUGUGCUCAUCGACCUUUUGGACCCAGACAACCGGCAACAUACAGACCCCAUGAGAGUUAUGGCGCUGAGGAUAAUUGAUGUUGCUUUAGAAGUCGCAGGACCCUCAAUUGCCAGGCACCCCAGCCUAGCAUCCUUAGCACAAAACGACCUCUGCCGCCACCUAUUCCAACUCGUCCGAUCUGAAAGCCUAGCAAUUCUCACUAGCUCUCUCAGGGUUGCUGGUACUCUGAUUCUGACAUGCCGUCCUGUCUUGAAACUUCAGCAGGAGCUCUAUUUAUCAUACCUAGUUGCGUGCCUUCAUCCGCGGGUAGAAAUACCAAGGGAACCGGGAAUCAAUCCUGCUUUGUAUGAGGGAGUCCCCCAGGCGCCUAAGGUGGUGAAGCAACCACCUUCUCAGAGUACUAGUGGACGAUCCACACCCGUCGCAGUGAAAGAUCGACAAAAGCUUGGUCUAGAAGGGGGCUCCAGAAAACCCGAGACGAGGGAAGCAAUGGUUGAGAGCAUUGGCGUACUGGCACGAAUUCCCAGCUUUAUGGUCGAACUCUUCGUGAACUAUGACUGUGAAGUUGAUCGAGCCGACCUCUGCGAGGACAUGAUCGGAUUACUUUCUCGGAGCGCAUUCCCUGAUUCAGCAACGUGGAGCACCACCAAUGUGCCGCCCCUGUGUCUGGACGCACUUCUGAGCUACGUACAAUCUAUUUACGAUAGACUUGAUGAGCCGGCUUCCACUGAGGGAUUUCCGUCUAACGAACAAUUGAGAAACCGACGAAACACAAAGCGGGUCAUUGUGCAUGGAGCUCAAAAGUUUAACGAAGAUCCCAAAGGUGGGAUUGCUUAUUUGGCGUCUCAUGGCAUAAUUGAAAAUCCGGAUGACCCCGAUCAGGUCGCGCGGUUUUUGCGAGGUACUACCCGGCUAUCGAAGAAAGCGCUCGGUGAAUACAUCUCGAAACGAUCCAAUGAGAACCUCCUCAAUUCUUUUGUGGAUCUCCUCGAGUUCUCUGGCAAGUCUGUGGUUGAUGGGCUUCGAGAUUUACUCGGUGCAUUCCGAUUGCCUGGCGAAUCCGCUCUGAUUGAACGAAUCGUCACCACUUUCAGUGAAAAAUACAUUGAAAAGGCCCAGCCCUCAGAGGUUGCUGACAAGGAUUCCCUCUUUGUCCUGACUUAUGCCAUUAUCAUGUUGAACACUACUCUUUAUAACCCUAACAUGAAGGCUCAGAGUCGUAUGUCUUGUGAAGACUUCUCAAAGAACUUACGGGGUCUGAAUGCCGGGCAGAACUUUGCCCCAGAGUUCCUCGAAGAGAUCUAUGAUUCUAUUAAACAAAACGAAAUCAUCUUACCUGAUGAACACGAUAACAAGCACGCAUUCGACUAUGCAUGGAGGGAAUUGCUCGCAAAAUCAAGUACUACUGGAGAACUGGUCACUGGUCAAACCAACAUUUACGACGCAGACAUGUUCGCGGCUACCUGGAAACCUGUAGUCGCUACUCUAUCAUACGUCUUCAUGUCCGCCUCAGACGACGCGGUGUAUUCUCGCGUGGUCAUGGGUUUUGACCAGUGCGCUCAAAUAGCUGCACGCUAUGGGUUGACUGAUGCACUUGACCGGAUCGUCUUUUCUCUUGCUUCAAUCAGCACGCUUGCCACGAGUAGCCCACCUAGUACUGCUCUCAACACCGAAGUACAGGCUGGCAAGAGGAGUGUUAUGGUCAGUGAGCUGGCCGUGAAAUUCGGUCGAGACUUUAGGGCACAGUUAGCCACCGUCGUGCUCUUUCGAAUUCUAACAAAUAACGAGAGUUCGGUCCAGCAAAGCUGGUCACAUAUUAUCCAGAUACUCCGAAACCUGUUCAUCAACUCUCUCAUUCCCCCUUUUGAUUCUACUCUGAAUGCCAACCUCGAUAUUACCCCGAUCCCUUUGCAGCCGCCAUCGCAGGUUGUGGAUCGUGACGGGCGAGGCAACGACACAGGACUACUCUCCGCCUUUACGUCUUACCUAUCCAGCUAUGCAGCUGAUGAUCCUCCGGAGCCAUCAGAUGAAGAACUUGAUAAUACACUAUGCACUGUAGAUUGUGUGAGCGCAUGCUCAAUCGACGAACUUCUUUCGAAUAUCAGAUCUCUCCCCUUGGACGCUGUAGCGAAGAUAGUGGAAUCGUUACAAGCUCAGUUGCCUGAAGAGAGUGCCCCAGCGGUCAUUGUGGUUAAACCGGAACGGCCGCUUCCAUCAACGCGAGCAAAUGCCGGGCCAGACUCAAGUCAAGGGCGAUAUGAACCAGGAAUGAUGUACCUGUUAGAAUUGACCGCAAUUCUUACCCUUCGAGACGGACAAACAAUUGAAAGUCUGGGCGAAGGCCUUCUGGCUUCUUUACAAGGUUUCAUUCGAGAUGCUAGGAAUCUCCACCCUCUGGCAUUAUCACGAGUGGUGACUUAUCUACUGAACUUGCUUCGGCUGAGCCAUGAUCAGCCUUUCACCCGUGUUCCUGUCAUUCUUCAUGGCAUUUCUAGCUUCGACCAAGACACGCUGGAGAGUGUCGCAGUGUCUAUCGUCAAGGGGCUCUCGCGGUGCGUCUUUGACGGCAACCUUCUGCGGAAUGAAAUUACUGUCUCGCCGGACUUCUGGUCCAUCCUACAACGCUUGCAUCAGCACAAGGACGCGGCGCCCUUGGUGUUCAGUCUCCUGAGAGCCAUUGUCGAUUCAAACCCUCCUAUCGUGACGGCUGACAACUACGAGUCUGCUGUCGCCCUUGCAAAUGAGUUUAUAAGUGCGGGCAGCGUAGGCUAUAUUGAAGAAAGACACAGGGACACUCUUACACGACGCCCCAAAGGUGUCAAGCAACCAAAGCAAAGUGAAAAUGAAGUCGUCUCGCGCGGUGUGACCGCCAUUGGCCUCAUAUACCAUCUUACCAGUCGGACUCCGACUCUGAUCAAACAAUCACAUCUAGAGGAUGGUGAAGCUUGGUCAGCAUAUUGGUCACCAAUAUUCCACUCCUUGACUUCCCAGUGUACCAACCCUUGUCGAGAUAUCCGGCACCAUGCUAUAUCUACUUUACAAAGGUCACUUCUCUCUGUCGGUAUUGGAGCCGAUAAUGAAUGGACUGCGAUCUUUGAUCAAGUCCUUUUCCCUUUGAUCUUACGGCUACUCAAGCCUGAAGUAUUCCACUCCGACCCACGCGGAAUGGGUGAAACCCGCGUUCAAACAGCGACCUUGGUGUGCAAAAUCUUCCUGCGUUAUCUUGACCAACUUCCAAACGCGGAGGGCAUGCUAGAAUUGUGGCUCAAGAUCCUCGAUAUCCUUGACCGAAUGAUGAAUAGCGGUCAGGGAGAUAGUCUCGAGGAGGCCAUUCCGGAGAGCAUCAAGAACAUAAUCCUAGUCAUGGCAGACCAGGGCCACCUCGUCCCACCCUCACAAGAUCCCAGCAAGGAAAAUAUCUGGACCGAAACAAAGAAACGCCUAGAGCGGUUCUUGCCUGAUCUUUUCAAGGAAAUCUUCCCCGACGCACCUAAGGAAACACCGCCAGCCUCAACACCUGCUUCGCCUCUACCCCCCACCCCCGCUGAACCACCUUCAGAAAACGCACCAGGCGACAAGGAAAAGGAAAAGGAAAAGGAGCCGGAAACCACAACCGUAAGUGAAAAGGAAAACCAGGCAGUUUCUGAGACCCCGAAGGCCGAAGAGAAGACCGAAUCUGAACAGUCCUAA